UUAAUACAUAUCAGUGGCGACGAGGACGAUCCUACCUACAAUAAAAAUGUCUUUUAUAGGAAAUAUACCUAUUUUUGACUAUAAAAACUGUGAAUGGUCUAUUUUUAAAGGUCGAUUAAUUCAAUUUUUAAAAGUGAAUAAUGUGAAAGAUGACUGUAAAUGUGCAAUAUUGAUUACGCAUUUAUCGGACAACUCAUACCGUCUAGUGCGUAACCUAGCCUAUCCUGAAGAACUGGAGACGCAAAGUUUUGAAAACCUGGUGUUAUUACUCGACAGCCAUUUUAAGCCGAAACAGUGUUCAUUCGCCGACAGAGCAAAAUUUUAUUCCGCAACAAGAAACUGCGGGGAGUCACUAGGAGACUGGGCGGCACGACUAAGAGAUUUAGCAAGUUACUGUGACUUUGGUGUUGCCUUGGAUACAAAUCUCACGGACCGUUUCGUCCUAGGUCUGGGUCCAGGUCCUGAACGCGAUAAAUUGUUUGAACAAAACGUUUCCGAGUUAAAGUUAGCACGUGCCAUUGAAAUCGCGGAAAAGGCAGAAUGUGCUAGGGAUGCAAAGGCAUUCGUAUCAGACUCAGUGGCUGUGAAGGAAGAAGCGAUAUAUAAGUUAUCGUACGGAUCUGCAAGGAGAAAUUACGGCGGUAAUGGCGGUGGCGGCAGUAAAAAUGGCGGUGGCGGCAGUAAAAAUGGCAGCGUCGCGAAUUCACGUGCGGCGUGGACGUCGCAGGCUAGCCGCGAUCAAUGUAAAUAUAAUCACGAAAUACAGUGUUUAGUAUGUGGUAUGAAAAAUCACAGUGAAGAUAAGUGCCGUUAUAAAAAUUACAAAUGUCAAAAGUGCGGUAUUAAAGGGCAUUUAAAAAAGAUGUGUAACAAAAAAAAUAAAAACGAACAUGUUUACGUAAAUCAAAUCGGAAAAAAUGAUUCGGAUAGCGACACCGGAUGUGACGAGUGCCAAAACUUUAAUUUAAGGUUUCAAAAUUAGGGUGGAAAGAUGAUGUAUCUGCUACCCUCUUUUAAUAAUAAUGAGCAUAAUUAUAUCUACCUACAUAUAUAUUAGUAA